GCCGCCGCCUCCGCCGCUAUGGUGGACCCGGUGGGCUUCGCCGAGGCGUGGCGCGCGCAGUUCGCCGACUCGGAGCCUCCCCAGAUGGCGCUGCGCUCGGUGGGCGACAUCGAGGCGGAGCUGGAGCGCUGCAAGGCGUCCAUCCGCCGCCUGGAGCUGGAGGUGAACAAGGAGCGCUUCCGCAUGAUCUACCUGCAGACGCUGCUGGCCAAGGAGAAGAAGAGCUACGACCGGCAGCGCUGGGGCUUCGCGAGACCCGCCCGCGCCGGCCUCGACGACGACGACGAAGACGAGGGGACGGCCGCGGCCGACGACGUCGGGGCGCAAACGACCGGCCAGGCCAGGCCGCCACCGCCAAGCGGCAAACCCCACCACCAUCACCGGCCGCGCCCGCCUGCCCUCCGCAAGCUCUCGGCGGCGCAUAGCGACGGCUCCGAGGCGGACAGCCCGACGCAGCAGCCCGACGGCAACGGCGAGGCGACGGCGGAAGGGGGUUCCCCGGCCAGGGCCCGGGCGGCUCCCAGCGGCGGGAACAGCAGUAGUAGCCGUCGCCAGCGCCUUCUGAGCGUCUCCUCGGAGAAGGAGGCGGGCGCCUUUGAGCCGGUGGGCAGCCGGGAGCGCGGAGGGGGCGGCGGCGGCGGCGGCGCGGCCAGCAACGUGGCGGCGUUGCGCUGUAACUUCGAGCGGGGGCUGAAGAAGUCGUUGACGACGGCAGCGGCGGAUGGGAAGGAGCCGUUGUCAGCGCCGCCCUGCUCGUCGGAGAAGCCCUUCUACGUGAAUCUGGAGUACCACCACGAGAAGGGCCUGGUGAAGGUGAACGACAAGGAGGUCUCGGACCGGAUCAGCUCGCUGGGCAGCCAAGCCAUGCAGCUGGAGGCACGUAAGAAGCUCUUGCCAGGGCUGCGCGGCCGCUCGACCGAGGCCUGCUUCGGCGACGGCGACUACGACGACGCGGAGCUCAACGCCCGCUUCCUCAAGGACAACCUGCUGGACGGCAACGGCGCUGCCCGCUCGUCCUCCGCCUGGCAGGCCGCCCCCUCGGACUUCCAGCCCUACCAGAGCGUCUACGUCGGGGGCAUGAUGAUGAUGAUGAUGGCGGCGGGGGGCGAAGGCGCCGGGGAGCCCGGGGGCAAAGGCGCCCCGCCGACGCCGUUCCUGCGCGGCCGCGAAGGCGCCGCCGUGGAGCCGGAGAAGCCGCUGACCUGGCCGCGCCGCUCCUACUCGCCGCGCAGCUUCGACGACAUCGGCGGCGGCUACACGCCCGACUGCAGCUCCAACGAGAACCUCACGUCGAGCGAGGAGGACUUCUCGUCGGGCCAGUCCAGCCACGUCUCGCCCAGCCCCACCGCCUGCCGCCUCUACGGUCGCGACAAGAGCCGCUCGCCCUCCCAGAACUCCCAACAGUCCUUCGACAGCAGCAGCAGCCCCCCGACGCCCCAGUCCCAGAAGCGGCACCGGCAGCAGCAGCAGGUUGUGGUCUCUGAGGCCACCAUCGUGGGCGUCCGCAAGAGCGGGCAGAUCUGGCCCAGCGACAGCGACCUGCCUGCCGGCAGAGCCUCUCUGGACAGCUGCUACCACCUUGGAGAGGCAGACUUGUCUUUUAGCGGGAUGCCGCCCGGCUACGCCUAUGACGUGGACAGGGCCGAAGAGCAGCGUCGUCACCAUGACAUGAUGCCCUACAUCGACGACUCGCCCUCCUCCUCUCCCCAUCUCAGCUCCAAGAGCCGAGGCAGCCGUGACACCCUUUCCUCGGGGUCUCUGGAAUCCACAAAAUCAAGUGAGCCAGACUUGGAGAAGGGCUUGGAGAUGAGGAAAUGGGUCCUGUCUGGGAUCCUGGCUAGUGAGGAAACCUACUUAGGCCACCUUGAAGCUCUGUUGCUGCCCAUGAAGCCUCUGAAAGCUGCUGCCACCACCUCACAGCCUGUGCUGACCAGUCAGCAGAUCGAAACCAUCUUCUUCAAAGUGCCUGAGCUCUACGAGAUCCACAAGGACUUCUAUGACGGGCUCUUCCCACGGGUGCAGCAGUGGAGCCACCAACAGAGGGUGGGGGACCUCUUCCAGAAGCUGGCCAGCCAGCUGGGAGUGUACCGGGCCUUCGUGGAUAACUAUGAGGUUGCCAUGGAGACGGCAGAGAAGUGUUGUCAGGCCAACGCUCAGUUCGCAGAAAUCUCCGAGAAUCUCAGGGCUAGAAGCACCAAGGAUUCAAAAGAGCAGACGACGAAAAACUCCUUAGAAACUCUCCUUUACAAGCCAGUGGACCGAGUCACACGCAGCACCCUUGUGCUCCAUGACCUACUGAAGCACACUCCAUCAAGCCACCCUGACUACCCUCUUCUUCAGGAUGCCCUCCGCAUCUCCCAGAACUUCCUGUCUAGUAUCAAUGAGGAGAUCACACCCAGGAGACAAUCCAUGACAGUCCAAAAGGGGGAGCACCGUCAGCUCAUGAAGGACAGUUUCAUGGUGGAGCUGGUCGAGGGAGCCCGUAAGCUGCGCCAUGUUUUCCUCUUCACUGAUCUGUUCCUCUGUGCAAAGCUCAAGAAGCAGAUUGGAGGGAAAAGCCAGCAGUAUGACUGCAAAUGGUACAUUCCACUCUCAGACCUCAGCUUUCAAAUGGUGGACGAUUCCGAGGCAGUGCCGAACAUCUCCCUUGUGCCAGAUGAGGAGCUGGAUGCUAUGAAGAUCAAGAUUUCUCAACUGAAGAGUGACAUCCAACGGGAAAAAAGGGCUAAUAAGGGCAGCAAGAAUAUGGAGAGGUUGAAAAAGAAGCUUUCGGAGCAGGAAUCCUUGCUUCUACUGAUGUCUCCUAACAUGGCAUUCCGAGUGCAUAACCGCAAUGGCAAGAGUUACACAUUCCUCAUCUCAUCUGACUACGAACGGGCAGAGUGGCGAGAGAUCAUCCGGGAGCAGCAGAAGAAAUGUUUCAAAAGCUUCUCGCUGACUUCAGUGGAGCUCCAGAUGCUGACCAAUUCCUGUGUGAAACUUCAGACUGUGCACCACAUCCCCCUCACGAUAAACAAAGAAGAUGAUGAGUCCCCUGGUCUCUAUGGGUUCCUGAACGUCAUUGUCCAUUCAGCCAGCGGUUUCAAGCAGAGCUCAAACCUCUACUGCACUUUAGAAGUGGAUUCCUUUGGGUACUUCGUGAACAAGGCAAAAACGAGAGUUUACAGAGACACAGCAGAGCCCAACUGGAAUGAGGAAUUUGAGAUAGAACUGGAGGGUUCACAGACACUGCGAAUCUUGUGCUAUGAGAAGUGUUACAACAAAACCAAGCUUACCAAAGAAGAUGGAGAGACCACAGACCGAAUCAUGGGCAAAGGCCAAAUCCAGCUGGAUCCACAGACAUUGCAAGAUAAAGACUGGCAACGCACUGUCAUAUUGAUGAAUGGAGUUGAAGUGAAGCUGUCUGUGAAGUUCACCAGUAGAGAGUUCAGCUUAAAGAGGAUGCCUUCCCGCAAGCAAACAGGCGUAUUUGGAGUAAAAAUUGCAGUGGUCACCAAGAGAGAGAGAUCAAAGGUGCCUUACAUUGUGCGCCAGUGUGUGGAGGAGAUUGAGCGUCGUGGCAUGGAGGAGGUGGGCAUCUACCGAGUCUCUGGCGUUGCCACCGAUAUCCAGGCUCUGAAAGCUGCUUUUGAUGUCAAUAACAAAGAUGUCUCCGUCAUGAUGAGUGAAAUGGAUGUGAAUGCCAUUGCAGGGACCUUAAAGCUCUACUUCAGAGAACUGCCUGAGCCCCUCUUCACAGAUGAACUCUAUCCCAACUUUGCUGAAGGCAUUGCACUUUCAGAUCCAGUUGCUAAGGAAAGCUGUAUGCUGAACCUACUGCUGUCUCUUCCAGAACCCAACCUUGUCACAUUCCUUUUUCUCCUGGACCAUUUGAAAAGGGUUGCUGAGAAGGAGAACAUCAACAAGAUGUCACUUCACAAUCUGGCAACCGUUUUUGGACCAACGCUGCUCAGGCCAUCGGAAAAAGAUAGUAAAAUCCCUGCUAAUCCAACUCAGCCAAUAGCCAUGACUGAUAGCUGGUCACUAGAAGUCAUGUCCCAGGUCCAAGUUCUCCUCUACUUCUUGCAGCUAGAGACUAUCCCCACCCCUGAUAGCAAGAGACAGAGUAUCCUGUUCUCCACAGAAGUGUAGGAGCCUUGAUCAGUCCAUGUGGAAUUUGCCAUGGGUGUGAACUGCCCCACUCGGGGAAUGAGAGAAACACAUUACUCCUGGUCUGUCCUUGCCUACCAGGAGGAAACGAGGCCUUCAGUCCCUCUGCUAUUUGUCAGGCAAUGACAGGCUGAAGACUUUUUUAAAAAAAGAAAAAGAAAGAUUCCUUCCUCUUUUGACCACUAGAACAAGAAAAAACUGGGCCAGGCUGUGCUGUGAGUUUUCAACCAGCAGAGGGUAGCCCUGAGCAGCAAGAACUGUUUCUUGUGGGGUAUGUGAAAGAACAGAUUCCUCAGUGGGUUUUUUUUUUAAUGGAAUUAAUUUUAUCUUUGGGAAGCUUCAAGAUUUCUACUUGGACCUCUUGUGAAGAGCGAAAGGAUAUAUCAAAACUUUAGCUUUAAUAGCUGCUGUUUUGGUUUUUAAUGGAAUACUGCAAAGUAUAUGCAUUUAUGAUGCCCUCUACAUGGAAAUUUAAAUCUUGAUUUCAACUAGUCUCUUUUUAAUAAAUUAAUUAAUGAAUUAGAGGCUUCAUAUACAAUCAGACCUCUUGGUUGGUUGUUGUUUUUGUCACAGACUUGCCUCUUUCCUUGGAAAUGGAGAGAAGAAACCACAUUUUCUUGCCUUUUGUCCCUUUUUGGGUAGCGGUUGAUAAAGGAGGCACUUCUUGUUGCAUCAUAUUAAGGCCAGUGUGGUAAAGGAGACUGGGGGAGGGUGUGGUGAUGGCAAGUAUUUGGAUGACCUUACUUUCUGUAUGAACCAAAAAAAUAAUGGGCAAUGCUAAUGUGAAAGAUUUGCUAAAUUCUUCAGGCAUUCUAAAUAGAAU